CAGUGAGCGGUCUGUGUCCAUGCCAUGAUGGCGGCGGAUCGGGGCGGCGGUCCCGGUUCUUCUCCAAGUUUCUCUGUCGAUUUACGGCCGGAGGCGGCGGUCGAUUACUCUUUGCUAGUAGUGGUCGGUUCUCUUCUCCCUGAAGGACUGCUGGAGCGUCUGCUGAGCCAGAUCGAACACGGUGUGCGAUGCUGGCCUGUGGAUGUGGACGUGUCAGUUUUGGAUCAGCAGCUGAAGCUCUUUGUGUCCAGACACUCUGCCUUCCUGUCAGAGGACUUCCGAGGUCAGCGCACCCUUCAGCACAGAGGCGAUGUUCUGGACACGCAGGUCGUGGUGAAUCCAGCUCAUGACUUUGUCUGUGCCGCGGUCCGGCGGCUGCUCUGUGACUCCUCCCGACACAAGCUGUUGGUGCUGGCCGGUCAGUGCGUGGAGGAGAUCGGCGACGUCGUGCUGCAGAGAGGCUGCUUCUCGCUCGGGGACUUCCUCCAGAUACUGGCCGACGACGAGGUCACAGAGUUGCUGGCAUCGGGGGACCGGACAGUGAAGUCCUCUUUGACUCUCAGCUGUCCAAACUACGGACUUUGGAAAGCUUCCUUGUUUGAGAACCACUUGCAAGAUCUUAUAAACAUCCAGAUAAACCCGCCGCUGGUCCUUCCAGAAAUGGAAGGCCUGCAAGAAUUCACGGAGUACCUCUCCGAGUCCCUGGAGGCCGAGUCCCCUUUUGACCUAUUGGAGCCGCCGAGCACUGCAGGAUUUUUAAAGCUUUCUCGACCGUGCUGCUACAUCUUCCCAGCAGGCCGUGGCGACUCCGCCUUCUUUGCAGUCAACGGCUUUAAUGUCCUCAUCAAUGGGGGCUCUGAUUCCCGUUCCUGCUUUUGGAAAUUGGUCCGACAUCUUGACAGAAUUGACUCGGUACUCUUGACCCACAUUGGCGUGGACAACCUGCCAGGACUGAACAGUUUGCUACAGAGAAAAGUGGCCGAGCAGGACAACGAGCUGGCGUCCUCUCACACGGAAGAGGAAUGGAUGAAGAACCUCAUCUCGCCUGAGAUUGGGGUGGUGUUCUUGAAUGCCCCUGAGAGAUUGAAGUCCUUAAAAAUGGAUCCCAGCGAGCUUCGCUGUGCUGACCAGGCAGCACUUACACUACAACACUUGGAAAAACUUUUUAUCAAACCGGAAUCUCUGAGUCGGGCUUGUGGACCCACCAUUGAACCUGUCAUCCUGUUUCAGAAAAUGGGAGUCGGUCGCCUGGAGAUGUACACUCUCAAUCCACUCAGUGGCAGUAGUGAACUUGAAUCCUUGAUGCAGACUUGGCCAAAUGACUCGAACGUGAAGCUCUCGGAUCUUCCACUUCAAUGCCUCGCUUCCGUUUGUGCUUUGUUGGUAUGGCACCCCUCAAGCCCACUGGAGAAAAUCGUUCGAGUGCUGUUCCCAGGAUGCACCCCGCAGGCCAAAAUCCUUGACGGACUUGAAAAACUCAAACAUUUAGACUUCCUCAAAGUGCCUGUUGUCUGCCUAAGGGACAUUAAGACUUUGAAAUCAGAGAGGCAGCCAAAACGUACAGAGAGCAAAGAAAGCCUCAAGUCCCUCACGAAGGACUCAAGACCCUCCAGUGCCUUGCUGAAAGACAAACUGGGUCGAGUUGAAGCAAAAAAACAAGAGCUCAAGAUGAAGCCAAAGAUGAUGGCUGCCGAUGCUGCGCCAAAGGAAAAGAAGGAUGUGGAAGAAAAGCCAAAAGCAAAGGAUGUCGAUUCACGGUUAAAGCCACCAAAGCCUUUGGAGAAGCUUGUUUCAAAAAAAGAUCUAGUGAAAGAAGACAAAAAGGAUGUCAAAAAGAAGGAGGAGAAAGUUGCUGUUGUGGUUUUAAAGAAGGAAGAAAUGGGGGACAAGAAGAAAGAUGUUUUAAGAAAGGAAAUUGUAAGUGCAAAACCAAAGAAAGACUUGAAACUGGAUCCAAAGAAAGACACCAAGAAGGAAGUGAAAAUAGAGGAAAAGAAAUUGCAGAAACCCGCAGUGAAGGAAGUUAACAAGACAAACGUAACAGAGAUGAAAAAAGCUGCAGGAAAGAAUGGGACUCUAAAGAAAGAUGGAACUCUUCCAAAAAGAGACACAUUGAACAAAGGGAUGAAGGGUAAACUGUUGAAGGAGCAGGAAGGCCGGAAGGAGACCGAAGGCUCAAAGACGUCUACACCUGGUGAUGGUCAAACUUUGAACAACGGGAACAAUAACAGUGACGUCACAUUGGGAAAGACAGGCGAUUCAGUGAAGCCAACUGAAAACCAAAAUCUGUUCACUGAGAGUCCAGAAAAGUUGCGUGGUGUGGAGUCACACAAUGGGACCCGCAUGCCUCGGAAGAAGACAUCCAGAGGAAACCUCAGUGUGAACUUUAACCUGGCUACCACAGACUACCCACCUGAAGGUCAACUGAUCAAACCAGAUGAAAAGACCACUCAAGUCUUCUCUCCCGUUGAUUCUGCUCCUAACAGUGCUGGACACACACCAUUCCAUCGAUCCCCUGACUUUGACUUUCCAGGCGUUGGAGACGAUGACAGCCUUGAUGCAGUGAGAUCCAGUUUAGGCUUUGAGGAUUGCAACCAAGCAGAGUCAUGCCGGACAUCAGAUGUGAGCUCUUUAAGAGAGUGUCAGGAGAACUCCUCACAGGAUAAACAGUCCAGCCUCUUAACUCUCAGUCCCUUGAAAGACAAUGUGCCGGAUUCCUCUCCAACCAUCAUCUCCAUGCCAGCUGAGGUCUGCUCUCCUCAUUCCACAGAGGUCGACGAAUCCCUGUCAGGUUCCUAUGAACAAAUUCUCCCAUCACAUCUUGGGCUCACAAGAGGUGAAUUCCACUCUAACGGACAUUCUACGGACUCAGACCAUUCCACAGAAAUGGCCCUGCACAUGAUCUCUGUUGGCAGAGGGUGUCAAAAUGGGUCUCAGGGCCAUAUCCAUGGGUUGUCCGACUUGAUUGAAGAGGUUCCACAUGAUGUGGAUCUCUGUUUGGUGACACCCUGCGAGUUCCAGCACACGAAGACUCCUGAAAGCCAGCAGCAUGUUUGCCUUAGCCUCAUUCCUGAACAUAAACAUGCCUAUGAUAUGAGCAGCAGCGAGGGCACAUCAGCCUUGAGCCAGGAAACCCCACCAACCUCUGUGAGUGAUUCCUUACCAACAGCAACAGACUCGGAUGUGCCACCUGGGACUGAGGAUUGCCCGUCGAUCACGACCGACUCUGAUGAUGAUUCCAGUUCUGUCAAUCUUCUGUCCAGUCAUCUCCAGGAUGCUGGUCUGACCUACUCUCUUGUGUCUUCGCAAUUUUCCUCCCAUGAUCCACCACCAGCUCCAAUGAAGGACCUCCCCCCAAUACCACCUCAGCCCGGAACCUGCAUGGCAGACACAGAGGCCGACACUUCCAGCAAAAUCCCCAAAACUUCCAUUGCCAAAUCCAAGAAACAGAUGGGUACAACUCAGAAGACGUCGCCUGGGGCUACAUCUUCUCAGAAUGGAAAAACCAAACUUGGCGGUGCAGUAGGCACGUUGAAGACCAUGUCCAGCUUGGAUGCCAGACCAUCAUCCCGAAAUUCACUUGGAGGGUCCAGGAUUGGUACAGCUAAAUCGUCAGCCACAGCAUCUGCUUCCAAGGCUCCAUGUUCUGAGGCUUCUGCCGUCUAUGUGGACUUAGCCUACCUGCCAUCUGGAUAUGCGUCCUCCACCGUGUCCGUGGAUUUCUUCAAACGUCUCCGCUCCUCUUACUACGUAGUCAGCGGUGAUGACCCGGUGAAGGAGGAGGCCAUGAAGGUCAUCCUGGAUGCUCUGCUGGAGGGGAAAAGCAGUUGGCCAGACGUUCAGGUGACCCUGAUCCCAACAUUUGACUCGCUGACCAUGCAUGAGUGGUACCAGGAGACCCACGACAAGCAGAAGCAGCUCUCCAUUACAGUGCUAGGUAGCAAUAGCACCGUGGCCAUGCAGGAGGAGACGUUCCCCGCCUGCAAGGUGGAGUUCUGAGCCCAGUCCUUGUUCAGCAUGGGCCAAAGAUACUGGAGGACUGUUUUGACCAGAAAAUUCUUGAGAUAUGUCAAAUCUCAAAAGCCCACCCUCUGUUGGUAGAGCUACAGAAGUGUUUCCUCACACAGUUUUCAUUUGUAGAAUUUGUCAUUUUUGUAAUGAUCUUGCAAACGUCUGCUCAGGAUCAAUGUUUUUCGUGAGGCCAUGUGGUACCCUUUUGUCGGCUGGAUUCGGAGUGUCUCAGUGGCAUAGAUGUCUGUAUUAAGCUCGCCACUUGAUUUUUCUGACUUGAAGUUUGAUUGCCCUCAGGUCAGCGGUCCAUCACACUGUGUUAAAAUUCAGAGACUCAGAUUACAUACCCCUUGAGGGCUACAGCCUCCCCCAUAUUAAUAUUUUCAGGUUUUAAAUUUUACAAGUGUUUCAUGUGUUGCUAUCACCAGUCCAGGGUGCUCUCCACCCAAUACCUAGUGUCUACGAAAACAGAGACGGUUUGUGAUCCUGCCGUCGGUCCAUGAAGCCACGACUCCAUUGUCUGGCCUUUUCUUGUUCACUUUGUGCACAAUAGUGUCUCCGAUAGCUUGUCUUUUUUUUUUUAGUUCAUUCAGAGUUAAACGUAAGUGUCACCUAUCUCGACCUAGCUCUAACAUAAACCGGAGCUUGAGACGCCAGGAGGCAAAUGUGGAUUACUGCCCAACUCCUGGAGGUAAUGGUGGGUUAUGACUUGCAUCAGUCACAUCAGCUCUGGUGAAGCAGCUGGAUCAUUGCUCUUUGUGCAGGACCUGGAAAGUCUUAUCCAAGACAUGGACAAAAACAUCUCUGGUUGUUGAUGCUUCCAGGUCAUCCAUGUUAUGUGACAAACCUGUCACAUAACACUGUCACAAGUUCAACAUUAGCAACAGUAGGUUCUAGAAGAAAGCGGAUGCGGCUGACAGAAAUCACACAUUUAUAAAUGUCAAGAAUGUUCUUGUUUGGCCGAGUGAUGUUUGCUUGUGCUUUGAGUCUUCACAAAGUUUUGUCAAUCUUCACUGGGACUUUAGCGCAAAGGUUUUUAUGGUGUCAUUUUUAAAAUCCCACCCUUUGUUUGCCACAAAUGGUAAAAAUGAUUUGAUGCAAAAAUUCAAUCUUUGGUCUUUGUAUAGUUUCAUGGGGAUCAGUAUGACAGAGGAUGGGCUGAAAUACAGCUGUAAUGUAGUGAAGGAUAAUCACAGUGGAAACAUUAAGAUGCUUGUGCAGUUCCAGGUGUGAAUUCUUCUUCUUUACCUGUUUUGGCUUCAAAAUGGUUGUACUCCAUCGACACAUCCAAGUUCGGUAGCACUCAAACAUUUGAUGUUUUCAAGCUGCCACACAUUCAUACAUAUCAUUUCAAAUUUGUGUCAUUAUAUAUCAGUGUUCAUAUCGUUCCAAUUCUUCUCUUUUUUUUGUUGUAAUGGUGACUGAUAUUUGACCGUCCGCUAUUUCACGUCAGUCACUUGCUAAUCUGAUUUUAAAUUAUUUAUUUAUUUUGAUUUUCUUCAAAGAGAAAUCUGUUUUGUUGACAAUGGUACUUUCACUCUUCUAAGUGGUAAAAAGAACAAAAAAAAGUUUAUUUUAAAUGCUACACGCUGCAUGCAAUGACUCUUUUUGGGCUUAAUCUUGUGUUCAGAGGUCACAUUAUAAACUCUUCUUCUUUUGUACUAUCUGGACCAAACCAAUGUUGUUUAGGUUUACUGAGUAAAAGGUUAGAAAUUAAGCCAAGACUGCAUUUCCAAUUUUGAUACCUUUUCUGAAUACAACCUCAGAUUAUCUGAGACAGAUUAACAGUGUUUUUAUUAUCAUUUUUACCUACCUUUGUGGGCUUCAUUUAAGCCCUAGAAAAUAUACUAAUUUAUCCUAAUUCAUCUUUUGGGUAAAUACUUCAAACAUCUUUAAAAAAAAAAAAAAAAGCUGUACGUUUUUGAUAAGUCUGUAUUUCGCCCCUCCCUCUCUUUUGCACAAACACGGCUUCCAUAGUGUAGCUGUUUCCAUUCUUGUUCAAAACACUAAAAUUAAUUCUUUUUCAAAUAAA